GAUAUCCUGAAAAGCUCUUUCAACACUUUGGUCUAGUAGUCGUCAUAUUUUGCUACGUGUAAGUUGUAACCCAAAUAAAUUUCGUCUCUCUAUUUCUAUAUAUCUCCUCACAAAAUAUCUAGGGAAAGAAGAUUCACAAAAAAAUACAUUUGAAAAAAAAAAAGAUAUUAAAGGUUUUAGAGAAGUGAGAAAAAAGUGGUAGCUAGGCAUGGAGAAGUAUGAGAUGGUGAAGGAUUUGGGAUUUGGAAAUUUCGGAUUGGCUCGUCUUAUGCGUAAUAAACAAACGAACGAGCUUGUGGCUGUCAAAUUCAUCGAUCGAGGCUACAAGGUUGUCUUAACUCCAACACAUCUUGGAAUUGUAAUGGAGUAUGCAGCUGGAGGAGAGCUGUUCGAACGGAUUGCUAGUGCUGGUCGAUUCAGCGAAGCUGAGGCUAGAUAUUUCUUUCAACAGCUAAUUUGCGGAGUGCAUUACUUACAUGCAAUGCAAAUAUGUCACAGAGAUCUGAAGUUAGAAAACACACUGCUUGAUGGAAGCCCAGCACCACGUCUAAAAAUAUGUGAUUUUGGCUACUCAAAGUCUUCUAUUCUGCAUUCCAACCCUAAAUCAACGGUGGGAACUCCGGCAUAUAUAGCACCGGAAGUUUUUUGUCGUUCGGAAUACGACGGAAAGUCAGUUGAUGCGUGGUCUUGUGGAGUGGCACUCUAUGUUAUGUUGGUCGGAGCUUACCCUUUCGAGGACCCUAAAGACCCUCGCAAUUUCCGAAAAACUGUCCAGAAAAUAAUGGCUGUAAAGUACAAGAUUCCAGGAUAUGUUCACAUAUCUGAAGAUUGCAGAAACUUGUUAUCUCGUAUAUUUGUUGCUAAUCCAUCACAGAGAAGUACGCUUAAAGAGAUUCGAAGUCAUGCAUGGUUCCUAAAGAAUUUGCCAAGAGAACUUAAGGAGUCAGCACAAGCACCCUAUUACCAAAGGAAUGUUAAUAUUAUUAACUUUACUCCUCAAAGAGUGGAAGAGAUUAUGAAGAUAGUUAGUGAGGCAAGAACCAUUCCAAAUCUUUCGCGCCGACUAGAAUCUCUUGAAAAAGGUAAACAAGUUGAUGCUGAUGAAGAAGAAGAAUAUUUGGAUGCUAAUGAUGAAGAAUGUGAUGAUGAAUAUGUGUAGGUGAUUUACAUGUUGUCAAAUUAUAAACAAUCCUAAACAAUACUUUGCAAUUUUAUUUUUGAAUUCCAGUUUGAUAUUUCUUGGUUUAGGGAACAAUUGAACAUAGUAACCUAAGUAAAUUUAAAUGUAGUUUGAAUAUAGUAACAAAUUAUUGGGUUUGUGGUUAAUGAAUAAAAUAAAUAAAUUAAAAGAUAAUAACAA